UUUCCGCAGUCGAGCAGCGACUCGGGCGGUGGCAGCGGUCGAAGAACUCCCAUGGCAGGGAGGAGGCGCUGGGGAGGCGAAAGAAGGGCGAGGCGUUAAGCCGGAGCCGCCGCGGGGUGGGUCCCCUGGGAGGCGGAGGGGGAAGCGGCUCUCGCGGCUGGAGAAGGGCCAGGCGCGGGGCUUGUCUCCCUUCUCGCGCCAGCCCACGCUCCGGAGAUGCAUCUGCAUCAGGUCCUCACCGGGGCUGUCAACCCUGGAGACAAUUGCUACUCCGUGGGCAGCGUCGGGGAUGUUCCCUUCACGGCAUAUGGAUCAGGCUGUGAUAUUGUUAUUUUGGCAAGUGACUUUGAAUGUGUGCAGAUCAUUCCUGGUGCUAAGCAUGGAAACAUCCAAGUCAGCUGUGUGGAGUGCUCUAACCAACACGGAAGAAUUGCUGCUUCAUAUGGUAAUGCUGUUUGUAUUUUUGAGCCGUUGGGCAUAAAUUCUCAUAAGAGAAAUUGUCAACUCAAAUGUCAGUGGCUUAAAACUGGGCAGUUUUUUUUGAGUUCUGUGACGUACAACUUAGCAUGGGACCCUCAAGAUAACAGACUCUUGACAACAACGGAGUCUAUUCAGUUGUGGGCUCCUCCAGGAGGUGACAUUCUAGAAGAGGAAGAAGAAAUUGAUCAUAAAAUUCCUCCUGCCUUAAAUGAUUGGAAAUGCAUCUGGCAGUGCAAAACCUCAGUGUCUGUACAUUUGAUGGAGUGGUCCCCUGAUGGUGAAUAUUUUGCUACUGCUGGAAAGGAUGAUUGUCUUCUGAAAGUAUGGUAUCCUAUGACUGGUUGGAAGUCUUCAAUUAUACCUCAGGAUCAUCUUGAAGUGAAAAGGAGGCAGGCGUGUACUCAGUUUUCCUUUGUUUAUUUGGCACAUCCCCGAGCUGUGACAGGUUUUUCAUGGCGUAAAACUAGCAAGUAUAUGCCCAGGGGCUCCGUCUGUAAUGUGUUGUUAACUUCAUGCCAUGAUGGUGUCUGCCGGCUCUGGGCAGAAACCUUACUACCAGAAGACUUUCUUUUGGGGGAGCAGAUCUGUGAGACUACCACUUCCAGCAUUGCCAGCAAUCUUUCUCAUGCUGGGAUACACAAAGACAGAAUACAGCAUGCUCUCGAGACAAUACACCACUUGAAAAAUUUAAGAAAAGGACAGAGAAGAUCUUCCAUUCUUGUAACUCACACUGAAUUAAUGCCUGACCAGAUUGGAACGCAUGAAGUUCAAAGACACAUUUCCCACCAUGCAAAUGCACUGUGCCAUUUUCACAUUGCGGCAAGCAUCAACCCUGCCACAGAUAUUCCAAAUGUCUUGGCUGGUACUGCAUUUAAUGUUGAUGAUGGAAAUGGGGGCUUUGUAGUUCAUUGGUUAAACAACAAGGAAUUUCAUUUUACAUCAUCCACUGAAAUAUUUAUGCAGCAAUUACGAAAAAUUUCUGAAAAACAGACAGAUCAUGAGAGCGAUGAUGUGGACAGAGAGGAUGAGGAACAUCCUAUGGAGGAGAGAGAGAGGGGCUUACAUAUGAAACUAGACCAUGAAUUAUCCCUGGAUAGAGAAUCGGAGGCAGGUACAGGAUCAUCAGAACAUGAAGAUGGAGAACGAGAGGGAAGUCCUAGAACGUACUUGAGACAUCGAGUACCAAUGCCGUUGCCUACAGUCCUGCUUGAUCGGAAGAUUGAAACGCUGCUAACUGAAUGGAAUAAGAAUCCUGACAUGCUUUUUACAAUACACCCUGUAGAUGGUACUUUUCUGGUGUGGCACAUAAAGUAUUUGGAUGAAUAUAAUCCUGGAAUAUUUAGACAAGUUCAGGUUUCUUUUUCUUCUCGGAUUCCAGUUGCAUUUCCCUCUGGUGAUGCAAGCUCUCUUAGCAAAAAUAUUAUGAUGUAUGCCUGCGUCAGUGCUACGAAAGAUUCUCACCACUCCCUGUCACACCAGGAGACGGUGGCUGGAGGCAGUCCUCAAGGAUCACACCCACACUCUGGACCACACAGCCCAAAUUUAAACAUUUUAGCUCCUACGGUAAUGAUGGUCUCUAAACACAUCGAUGGUUCUUUAAAUCAAUGGGCAGUCACUUUUGCUGACAAGUCUGCCUUUACCACUGUUUUAACUGUAUCUCACAAAUUUCGAUACUGUGGUCAUCGAUUUCACCUCAACGAUCUGGCGUGUCAUUCAGUGUUACCACUGUUGUUGACGUCGUCUCAUCAUAAUGCUCUCUUGACUCCGGAAUCAGAUUCAGACAGUAAAUUCAACAGAUUAGCGGAGCCUAUAAAACACAUGAAAAGUUCCUCAAAGCAACCCCUUAGGAAUGCAGCAACGUGUACAUUUCAUGACCCCAAUGCAAUCUACAGUGAGCUUAUUCUGUGGCGUGUAGACCCAAUAGGACCUUUAUCAUAUACUGGAGGAGUUUCAGAAUUGGCACGAAUUAACUCUUUACAUACCUCAGCCUUCUCAAAUGUGGCCUGGCUUCCAACUCUUAUUCCCAGCUAUUGUCUUGGCACAUACUGCAAUUCUGCAAGUGCUUGCUUUGUUGCUUCUGAUGGCAAAAAUCUGCGACUCUAUCAGGCUGUGGUCGAUGCAAGGAAAUUACUGGAUGAACUGUCAGAUCCAGAGGCUUCGAAACUUAUCGGAGAGGUGUUUAAUAUUGUGAGCCAACAGUCUACUGCUCGACCUGGCUGCAUUAUUGAACUUGAUGCAAUAACCAACCAAUGUGGCUCAAAUACACAGUUGCUUCAUGUGUUUCAAGAAGACUUCAUUAUAGGAUAUAAACCCCAUAAGGAAGAUGUAGAAAAAAAGGAAACAGAAAUCUUUUUUCAGCCAUCACAAGGAUAUCGCCCACCACCAUUUUCAGAAAAAUUCUUUCUAGUCGUCAUUGAAAAGGAUAGCAAUAAUUAUUCUAUUCUCCAUAUGUGGCACCUUCACCUUCAAUCUGUACAAGCAUGUUUAGCCAAAGCUGCAGAAGGUGUUUCCUCAGAGAGAAUGCUUUCAGUCCCUGGUCAGAAGACAGUUGACGCGUCUUCAGAAGCUUCACCUAGUGUGAGCCAUAUGCCACAUUCUUCAUCAAUUGCCAAUCUUCAAACGGCCAGUAAACUUAUUCUGAGUUCUAGACUGGUUUAUAGCCGACCUCUUGACCUUCCAGAAGGAGUUGAAGUAAUAAGAGCAACACCUUCAGCAGGCCAUCUGAGUUCUUCUUCAAUUUAUCCAGUGUGUCUUGCACCAUAUCUGGUGGUCACAACUUGUUCUGACAAUAAAGUACGCUUCUGGAAAUGCUGCAUGGAAACCAAUUCGCAAGGUGAAAGUGACGAGAAAGAUAUCUAUCACUGGAGGAGAUGGCCCUUGAUGAAUGAUGAAGGCGAAGAUAACAGCAGUACAGUGAGCAUUGUGGGAAGACCAGUUGCUGUUAGCUGCUCAUACACAGGUCGUCUUGCAGUGGCUUACAAGCAACCUAUCCACCAAAAUGGUUUUGUUUCUAAAGAAUUUUCCAUGCAUGUUUGUAUAUUUGAAUGCGAAUCUACAGGAGGAUCAGAAUGGGUUUUAGAACAAACAAUUCAUCUUGAUGAUUUGGUUAAGGUUGGGAGUGUACUUGAUUCAAGGGUCAGUGUUGACAGCAAUCUGUUUGUAUACAGCAAAUCUGAUACUUUUUUGAGCAAGGAUAGAUACCUAAUUCCGAAUAUAAAGCAUUUAGUACAUCUGGACUGGGUAUCGAAAGAAGACGGCUCCCACAUUCUCACAGUGGGGGUUGGUGCUAAUAUAUUCAUGUAUGGGCGCCUUUCAGGAAUUGUAACUGAACAAACCAAUAGUAAAGAGGGAGUAGCUGUCAUUACUUUACCACUAGGUGGUAGUAUCAAGCAAGGAGUCAGGUCAAGAUGGGUUCUUCUUAGAUCUAUAGAUUUGGUGUCAUCUGUUGAUGGUACACCGUCGCUGCCUGUUUCUCUCUCUUGGGUAAGAGAUGGAAUAUUGGUGGUGGGAAUGGACUGUGAAAUGCAUGUAUAUGCACAGUGGAAGCAUGCUGUCAAAUUUGGAGACAUUGAAACUGAAAGUCCUGAUGUAGAAGAGUCAGUGAUACAAGAACACGCUGCCUUUAAAUAUAAUAUGUUGGCAAGAAAAAGUAUUGUUGAAGCAACAGCUAUUGCUGAUGAUGUUUUUUGUUCACCAACGGUAGUUCAAGAUGGUGGUUUAUUUGAGGCUGCACAUGUACUUUCCCCUACUCUCCCACAAUAUCAUCCAACUCAACUGUUAGAAUUGAUGGAUCUAGGGAAAGUUCGAAGGGCUAAAGCCAUUCUCUCUCAUUUAGUAAAAUGUAUUGCAGGUGAAGUUGCAAUAGUUAGAGAUGCUGAUGCUGGAGAAGGAACUAAGCGCCAUCUUUCUCGAACUAUCAGUGUAAGUGGCAGUACAGCAAAGGAUACAGUCACCAUAGGGAAAGAUGGCACUCGAGAUUAUACUGAGAUAGAUUCUAUCCCUCCACUACCACUACAUGCAUUGCUUGCUGCAGAUCAAGAUACAACCUACAGAAUUUUGGAAGAAAGUACAAAAAUCCCCCAGAGCUAUGAAGAUCAGACCAAAAGUCAACCUGAGGACCAGUAUUCAGAGUUGUUUCAAAUCCAGGAGAUAACAACGGAUGACAUUGAUUUAGAGCCAGAAAGGAGAGAAAAUAAAUCAAAAGUGAUAAAUCUCUCUCAAUAUGGACCAGCUUACUUUGGUCAAGAACAUGCUAGAGUACUUUCAAGUCAUCUUAUGCACUCAAGUCUCCCAGGCCUUACCCGCUUGGAACAGAUGUUCCUUGUAGCUUUGGCUGAUACAGUGGCUACCACCAGUACUGAGCUGGAUGAAAACAGAGAUAAAAGUUACUCAGGAAGAGACACAUUAGAUGAGUGUGGCUUGAGAUACCUCUUGGCUAUGCGCUUGCACACAUGCCUUUUGACUUCACUGCCUCCUUUAUACCGAGUACAGCUGCUUCAUCAAGGUGUGUCUACAUGCCAUUUUGCCUGGGCUUUUCAUUCUGAGGCUGAGGAAGAACUGAUUAAUAUGAUUCCUGCAAUUCAGAGAGGAGACCCUCAGUGGUCUGAGUUAAGAGCUAUGGGAAUAGGCUGGUGGGUCAGGAAUAUUAACACUCUUCGAAGAUGUAUGGAAAAGGUUGCUAAAGCUUCUUUUCAAAGAAACAAUGAUGCCUUGGAUGCCGCAUUGUUCUAUCUUUCCAUGAAGAAGAAAGCCGUGGUGUGGGGUUUGUUUAGGUCACAGCAUGAUGAAAAAAUGACAACAUUUUUCAGCCACAACUUUAAUGAAGAUAGGUGGCGGAAAGCCGCAUUGAAAAAUGCUUUUUCUUUACUUGGAAAACAACGCUUUGAGCAAUCCGCUGCUUUUUUCUUAUUAGCUGGUUCAUUGAAAGAUGCCAUAGAGGUGUGUCUUGAAAAAAUGGAAGAUAUUCAGCUAGCCAUGGUUAUUGCCCGUUUAUAUGAAUCUGAAUUUGAAAAUUCAUCCACCUAUAUAUCCAUCUUAAAUCAGAAGAUUCUGGGGUGCCAAAAGGAUGGCUCAGGGUUCAAUUGCCAAAGAUUACAUCCUGAUCCUUUCCUGCGUAGUCUUGCCUAUUGGAUAAUGAAAGAUUACACCCGAGCUUUGGACACAUUACUGGAACAAACACCAAAGGAAGAGGAUGAACAUCAAGUUAUCAUCAAAUCUUGUAACCCAAUGGUGUUUAGUUUUUACAACUACCUUCGAACUCAUCCUUUGGUUAUUCGAAGAAACUUUGCCACCCCUGAAGGAACUUUGGCAACUUUAGGGCCCAAAACUGAGAAAAACUUUGUUGAUAAAAUUAACCUCAUAGAGAGAAAAUUAUUCUUUACCACUGCAAAUGCACAUUUUAAAGUUGGAUGCCCUGUUUUAGCCUUGGAGGUACUCUCGAAAAUUCCAAAAGUAACCAAAAUAUCUGCCUUACCUGCAAAAGAAGAUCAACUUGAAUUCAUUUCUAAAAAGAUGGGCAAGAUACCCUCAGAAUCACAAGCUCUGAGGGAUGGCAAUGGAAGUUCUGGCAUUGAUUGGUCAAAUGUAGCUUCACCACAGAUUGACUGGAGUCAGCCAAUAGUAAAUGUGGAGGAGGAGCCUCUUAAUCUUGAUUGGGGUGAAGAGCAUGAUAGUGCCAGAGAAGAGGAAGAAGAUGGUUUAGUAAUGAAAAGUACAGGUGACAGAAGAAAAGAUAGACGAGAAGACCAGAAAAUCCCAGAUCCUAAUAUGUUAUUGACUCCUCAAGAAGAGGAAUCUCUCGAAGGUGAUACUGAAGUUGAUGUGAUUGCUGAACAACUAAAAUUUAGAGCCUGUUUAAAGAUUCUCAUGACUGAACUGAGAACAUUGGCCACAGGCUAUGAAGUAGAUGGAGGAAAACUCAGAUUUCAACUCUAUAACUGGCUUGAAAAGGAAAUUGCUGCCUUGCAUGAGAUCUGUAAUCACGAGUCAGUUGUUAAAGAAUAUGCUGAUAAAACAUAUUCCAAAGAAGAGAGUAAUCUGAUGGAUAAGGAAGAAAUGGUGGACAAACCAGACAUUGGUUCCUAUGAGCGCCACCAGAUAGAAAGACGAAGGUUGCAGGCCAAACGAGAGCAUGCAGAAAGACGGAAGUUAUGGUUGCAGAGAAACCAAGAUCUCCUGAGAGUUUUUCUUAGUUACUGUAGCCUCCAUGGGGCCCAAGGUGGUGGUCUGGCCUCAGUAAGGAUGGAACUCAAAUUUUUGCUGCAGGAAUCCCAGCAGGAAACGACGGUCAAGCAGCUCCAGUCUCCCCUACCAUUGCCUACUACCCUACCUCUGCUUUCAGCAAGUAUUGCGUCAACAAAAACAGUCAUAGCCAAUCCGGUUUUGUACUUAAAUAAUCACAUUCAUGAUAUACUGUAUACUAUUGUUCAGAUGAAAACGCCACCUCAUCCUACUAUUGAAGAUGUGAAGGUGCACACGCUUCAUUCACUAGCAGCGUCACUUUCUGCAUCAAUUUACCAAGCAUUAUGUGACAGUCACAGCUACAGUCAAACAGAAGGAAACCAGUUUACAGGAAUGGCUUAUCAAGGACUUCUUUUAAGUGAUCGCAGAAGACUAAGGACAGAAAGCAUUGAAGAACAUGCAACACCAAAUUCAUCUCCUGCUCAAUGGCCUGGUGUGAGCUCACUUAUUAACCUCUUGAGUUCAGCCCAAGACGAAGACCAGCCAAAAUUGAACAUUUUGUUAUGUGAAGCUGUUGUUGCUGUUUAUUUAAGUUUACUGAUACAUGCCCUGGCUACAAAUUCGUCCAAUGAAUUGUUUCGACUUGCAGCCCACCCACUAAACAAUCGAAUGUGGGCAGCUGUUUUUGGAGGGGGUGCGAAACUUGUCGUGAAACCUCGGAGACAAUCAGAAAAUAUUUCAGUACCACCUGUUCAUUCUGAAGACAUAGAUAAACACCGUAGACGAUUUAACAUGCGAAUGCUAGUUCCUGGAAGGCCUGUGAAAGAUGCUACCCCACCACCAGUGCCUGCAGAAAGACCAUCUUAUAAAGAAAAAUUUAUACCUCCUGAACUUAGUAUGUGGGAUUAUUUUGUUGCAAAGCCAUUUCUCCCUUUGUCAGAUAGUGGUGUUAUAUAUGAUUCAGAUGAAAGCCUUCAUAGUGAUGAGGAAGAAGAUGAUGCUUUUUUUUCAGAUAUACAAAUCCAAGAGCAUCAAGAUCCAAAUUCCUACAGCUGGGCGCUUCUACAUUUGGCAAUGGUUAAACUAGUACUUCACAAUGUCAGGAAUUUCUUCCCAAUUGCUGGAUUGGAAUUUUCUGAGCUGCCUGUGACAUCACCAUUAGGUAUUGCUGUGAUUAAAAACUUGGAGAACUGGGAACAGAUUCUGCAAGAGAAAAUGGAUCAGUUUGAAGGUCCACCUCCUAACUACAUCAACACAUAUCCCACUGAUCUUUCAGUAGGAGCUGGACCAGCUAUUCUUCGAAAUAAGGCAAUGCUGGAACCUGAAAACACUCCAUUCAAAUCACGUGAUUCUUCUGCACUUCCAGUCAAACGACUUUGGCAUUUCCUUGUUAAACAAGAAAUCCUUCAAGAGACAUUUAUUAGAUAUAUUUUCACUAAGAAAAGAAAGCAGAGUGAGGUUGAAGCUGAUCUGGGCUAUCCAGGUGGAAAAGCAAAAGUCAUUCAUAAGGAAUCGGAUAUGAUCAUGGCAUUCUCGGUUAAUAAGGCAAACUCAAAUGAAAUCGUCUUGGCUUCAACACAUGAUGUUCAAGAACUUGAUGUGACUUCUCUAUUAGCCUGUCAGUCAUACAUAUGGAUUGGAGAAGAAUAUGACAGAGAAUCCAAAAGUUCAGACGAUGUUGAUUAUCGUGGUUCCACUACAACUCUUUACCAGUCCAAUGCGGCAGCCUAUUCUGCAACUCAGGUGCACCCACCUUCAUCUCUGCCGUGGCUGGGCAGCGGACAGACGAGCACUGGAGCAAGUGUGCUUAUGAAAAGGAAUCUACAUAAUGUUAAAAGAAUGACCUCACACCCAGUCCAUCAAUACUAUCUCACAGGUGCUCAGGAUGGCAGUGUACGCAUGUUUGAAUGGACCCGGCCUCAGCAGCUUGUGUGCUUCCGCCAAGCAGGGAAUGCAAGAGUUACCAGAUUAUAUUUUAAUUCACAAGGAAACAAGUGUGGUGUUGCAGAUGGAGAGGGUUUUCUGAGCAUCUGGCAAGUAAACCAAACGGCCUCCAAUCCUAAACCUUACAUGAGCUGGCAGUGCCACAGUAAAGCUACGAGUGACUUUGCAUUUAUUACCUCUUCAAGUCUUGUUGCCACGUCUGGACAGUCCAAUGACAAUAGGAAUGUAUGCCUCUGGGACACAUUGGUAUCACCUGGAAACAGCCUCAUUCAUGGUUUCACGUGCCACGAUCAUGGGGCUACGGUACUUCAAUAUGCCCCCAAACAUCAACUCCUCAUCUCUGGAGGCAGGAAAGGCUAUGUCUGCAUCUUUGACAUCAGGCAGAGACAGCUAAUUCACACAUUCCAGGCUCAUGACUCCGCUAUUAAGGCCCUAGCUUUGGAUCCCUGUGAAGAAUAUUUUACUACAGGUUCAGCAGAAGGUAACAUAAAGGUUUGGCGAUUGACAGGCCAUGGCCUGAUUCACUCAUUUAAAAAUGAACAUGCUAAACAGUCCAUAUUCAGAAACAUCGGGGCUGGAGUCAUGCAGAUUGACAUCGUCCAGGGCAAUCGGGUCUUCUCCUGUGGUGCAGAUGGUACACUUAAGACAAGGGUUUUACCAAAUGCUUUUAACAUCCCUAAUAGAAUUCUUGACAUUCUAUAGCCUUAAAGAUGUGGGGCUUUAUUUUUAUACACAUUUCAAUUAAAGAUACUGCAGUAAUUAUUAGGCACCGAGGAAGAAAACCUGUCCUGCUUGCCAUGCAGUUAACUCUGAAAACAACACAAACCUGUGUAGAUUUGAAUCUGACCCAAACAGUGGUGUUAUGCUAAAGCAACGCCUAUACAGGUUGGUAGAAUGAUCGUGCAUGUACCUUGUUAUAAUGCUGACAUACUGAAAAAAUCAAACCUAGUAUUGUACGGAGGUUAGCUAUUCUUACAGCAUUUAGCCAAUCUGAUUCAGAAAACAUUUGAGGUUAGAGAUUAGUUUAUGGUAAUACGAAGGACCUUGAUAUCAAAUUAAGGAAGAAAAUGUUGCUGAUUCAGGUUUUUGUUUCUAUUCUUACCACUGAUUGAAGCAUGCCUGCAGUUUCCUUCUUUGCUGACUGAAGGAUAGUCCUAAGGGUUAGGAGCUCUAUACCACCAGAAAAACUUUUCUUCGUUAUGAAGCAGUGCGCAGUGAUGGAUUCUCUGCCCUGAGAGGUCAUUUCCAUUCUUUUCCUGCUGAAUAUUUUCCCUGUGAAGUGUUUAUACUGAGCUAGUACUGUAACUUGCAAAUGAGCGCAAAUCUUAAUGCAAUGUUUUCCUCACAAUUUGCACAUUCGCAUUUUUUGGACUGCUAGUUUUUCUAUUUAAAUAUUUGCCUUCAUGUUAGGAAUGUAAAAUGUGAACAUGACCUAUCUGUUGCUAACCCAAACAGACCACCUUAGUCCAGUUCAGUAAUUUUUCUUUUCAUAUAUCCAAGGUUAAACACACACAACAUUUUAAGACUCUGUUGAAACUGUACCAAUAUCAUAAUUAUAAUGAAUGUGAGGCUUCUUGUGGCCAGUUAAUAGUUGAUGAGAUUGGUGAUAUUAUUUAUUACCACAGCCUACUGUAUAAACUAUGCAGAGUUAAAUAUUAUUUGCUUGUAAAUUAUUAGCCAAUGUUGUCAUAUUUUGAUGUAUUUCCUUGGUUUUGACCAAAAAUAUGUUCUUGAAAUAUUGAAACCAAUGUCUGUGUGUUUAAAUGUUUACCAGCAAAUUGUCUCAUCAUGUUCAUGAGAAUGUUUAAUGCCUGUGUGGUUCAUAGUCAAGUGUAAUGGCAUAAAAAAGCACCUUUCUCUGAAGGCGAUGUGAUGUUCGGGCUGUGAAAUACACAUGUAAAAGAGAAAUAAAUGUUAUUUGUUAGAGUUUUAUCUUAGUUCAGUCUGUUUAAAUACAUUGGUCUGGGAUUCUUUGAUACUAGCUUUAAUGGCAGAG